CUGCUGGGAUUCCUAAAAAUAGGUACAUUAAGCAAAAUCAUGACGCACACCGUAGUGAAAAGUGAAUUUGCUAAUCAGAGGAGGGAAGAAGACUAAAGUCUUAAGGAAAAUGGACUUUAUUGGACAAUAAACUUGAGCAUAUGCACAGUGAAUUAUGAGGUGCAGGCAGACUAAGUGGUGGCUGGGUUGUUCAUUUUACAAAAGACAGUGUUGUGUAUAUAUUUCAGUGUUGCACACCCUUACCCCAAACACUCAGGAAGAAUGACAACAUGCAAUUUCUUUUUCUUUUUUUUCAUAUUGGAGGCACAAUCUUAUAUCUUGGCUAUGAGUUGUUACUUUUUCUGCAAAAACUUGUAUAGGAUUGCUCCCAAGGGCAUUUUAUUAGACUUUAUUAUUAGAAAAAAUCUGGACCCAAAUCUAAAGAUGUUGUAAUCGUUGAAAAGGCACAAGUUAAAGCCAGUACUGGGGGCAGGGACAAGAGAGAGGGAUUGGAUAUUACCUUGUGAGAAAAUUCAGUAACAUGUAAAUUUAACUUUCUUUGUUUGCAUGUUGAAUUGUGGGUAACCACCAAAACAAUGUGAAGGAGAAGUUGAAAGAAUGCUAUUAAGGUGGGACUAGAAAUAUUACAACAUAAGUGUACUAACAAGCUAAAACAGGGAAAGAAGAGAUGAGAGAAGAGCUGUGUUAAAGAUGAAUGUAUAAUAGGCUAAAUAGAUUUAUAUAGUCUACAAUAAGACCAUGCAAAAAAAAAAAGAGGUAGCUAUUUUUUAGAAAAAUACAUCCAUUAACUUGAGGAUGUACGGGCUGCAAGUCCUCACAGAGACAGGGAGGGUAGUGUGCAAGUAUAAAUAAGACUCUUUAAACUCAAUUAGACACGCUUUGGUUUCUGGCCGUGAUACAGUUCUACAGAGGCCGGUUAUGGUGGAUCAUACGGCUCAGGUAGAGCUGAUGUCUCUUGUCUGAGCGCAUGCCAACUAAUGUGUCUUCCUCACCUUGCGAUAGUCGACGAGACCCGAUUCCUGUUUUUAGGAGAGAUGAGUAAGGCAAAAAGCGAUCUGGACUCGAGCGCGUGGGAAGAGGAGCGAGAUAAACAGAUACCUUAACUGGAGCAGCUUCUAUUGAUGAAUAUUAUCAAGAUAAGACAAGAGGGAGGAGUUUGGCUCCUGGAGCAAAGGAUUAACCCCCGCUCCGGUCCGGCGGCAGCCGGUUUAGGCACAUGAGCAGGAUAGAGCGACUCGGUGGGAGAAAAACAUACGAAGAGCACAGCGGAGCGAGGCGGGAGCUGGGCUGCAAGGAGGAAUGAGAAGCCGAGAAAUCAGGCGGAGAGAGGACCUCGGCAGGGACGAGAAACCGCACGAAUCAACAACUCGGAGAGACGGCGGUCUAGCAUAAGAGAGUACCCUGGCAAAGAACGAUCCAGCGGUACCUGUCCAAGCUGAGCUUGAACGGGGAUCCAAGAAAAUCUGGGAAUAAGUGCCACUGAUGAGAAUGGAACGGAACUGUGAGAAGUAGCUGCGUGUUGCAGUGGGGACGAACAAGAUUAAACCAGUCUGUUUCCCGUGCUUUAUUGCGUAAUUUUCUUUCGCUGCUGGGGAAACUUUACAAGAAAGAACGGUACAAAAACAACGUGAGAAAAAAGAUUUAUGAACUGAAGGAGACGAAUUCUUCACUAUCCGGAGUCCCAAGCUGACCGAUACGCAAAGUACAGCACGUGAGAGGUCAGCUUGGUACUAGAACCAAAGAAUGGUUAGCGACUAGCACCUAAACCAAAGCUUAACAGGAGAGACCCAACUCAAAAGUAACAAGGUUGAUGUUUGAACCAAAGCGAAUCCAGCUUUUUAUGGUGCUAGAACCAAGAAGAUACACAGAGAGCUUGCUAUAGAAAAGACAGAUCUAGCUACCCUCUGAAACAUAGACUGUAAUAAGUUGAUUUUAAAGAUAAAAGUCCAGGAUAACAGUUUCAGAGACUGGAUUCAGAGUGGAUUUGAACAGCUGGACCAAGGAACAGAGCUCCUAGGUGAUAAUAGUCUGAAGCUUGCUUAAGUCUAGUUUAUGACCAUAGCUGCAUCAGAGGACACAGAUCCAAGACAGAAUUGCUUGAAUUGUAGGAAAGCCAUCCAUAGAACCUCUACCCCAGAGUUCUUUUGGAUCCAGUAUCAGUAAGUGAGAGCUGCCUAGUUCAACCUUCCUGAGAGUUAGAACACCAUGGAGGAUGGAGCACGUCGCCGAGUUGGUUCUGAGAAGAGUUCAGCUAGUCCUGAAAAAUCGGAAGGAGGUGGUGUUGCGCUCAAGAAAGAGAUUGGACUGAUAAGUGCAUGUGGCAUUAUUGUGGGUAACAUCAUUGGAUCAGGCAUCUUUGUGUCACCAAAGGGUGUGUUGGAAAACGCAGGCUCAGUAGGGCUGGCAUUAAUCGUGUGGAUUGUAACUGGUCUCAUCACAGCUGUGGGUGCACUAUGCUAUGCAGAAUUGGGAGUCACCAUCCCCAAAUCCGGAGGCGACUAUUCCUAUGUCAAAGACAUCUUUGGCGGGCUGGCUGGGUUUCUGCGACUAUGGAUUGCGGUUCUGGUGAUCUACCCCACCAAUCAGGCUGUUAUUGCCCUCACCUUCUCAAACUACAUACUGCAGCCGAUCUUCCCUACCUGCCUUCCUCCGGAAACUGGACUGCGAUUAAUGGCUGGGGUCUGUCUUUUACUGCUGACUUGGGUGAACUGUGCCAGCGUGCGCUGGGCCACACGGGUUCAGGAUGUCUUCACAGCUGGGAAACUGCUGGCACUGGGACUUAUAAUUGUCAUGGGAAUCGUGCAGAUCUGCAAAGGUGAAUACUUCUGGCUGGAGCCAAAAAACGCCUUCGAAUUCUUCCAGGAGACGGACGUGGGUCUGGUGGCGCUAGCGUUCUUACAGGGCUCUUUUGCCUACGGGGGCUGGAACUUCCUCAACUAUGUCACUGAGGAGCUGGUCGACCCUUACAAGAACCUGCCUCGGGCCAUCUUCAUUUCCAUUCCCCUGGUCACCUUUGUGUACGUCUUUGCCAAUGUUGCCUAUGUCACUGCCAUGUCACCCCAGGAGCUGCUGGCCUCCAAUGCAGUUGCAGUGACCUUUGGGGAAAAGCUCUUAGGAGUCAUGGCAUGGAUAAUGCCCAUCUCUGUUGCCCUUUCUACCUUUGGAGGAGUCAAUGGCUCACUCUUCACUUCUUCCAGACUCUUUUUUGCUGGAGCGCGGGAGGGCCAUCUCCCCAGUGUACUCGCCAUGAUUCACGUACGACGCUGCACCCCCAUUCCUGCUUUAGUCUUCACCUGCCUUUCUACCUUGCUUAUGCUUGUGACAAGUGACAUAUACACCCUGAUCAAUUAUGUGGGUUUCAUCAACUACCUCUUCUACGGAGUGACUGUGGCCGGGCAAGUUGUACUACGCUGGCGGGAACCUCACCGAACCCGUCCCAUCAAGGUGAGCCUAUUCUUCCCUAUAAUUUACCUGCUGUUCUGGGCCUUCCUGUUGGUGUUCAGCCUGUGGUCAGAACCGUUGGUGUGUGGCAUUGGCCUAGCGAUCAUGUUGACGGGCGUCCCAGUCUACUUCCUGGGGGUGCACUGGCGGCAUAAGCCACCCAUCAUCAACACAUUCAUUGAUGUAGUGACUCGGGCAGGACAAAAGCUUUGUGUUGUCGUGUACCCCGAGAUGGGUGCAGAGGAACCUGAAACAAACCUCGGCAAAGAGACCAAAGAGCAGCUUCAACCCAUGUGUGGAACUGAAGACCUCAGCAGCCCACAGAUCUGAGCCUUUUGGCUGCA